AUGUCCAGCGAGACGGUCCCGCUCGACCCUGUCCCGCCCGUCCCGCCCAGACGAACGCAACUCCUGGACUUGCCCGAAGAGCUCAUUCUGCGCAUCUUUGAGACCGUGUGCGACGAACUACUCGCCGAGCGCAUCCAUGGGCAGUACGAGAACAACCCUUUCCCGAGCCGCCUUCUCUUCGAAGACUGUUGCCCGCGCCCACGCCAGCUCUCGCGCCAGCAUUUUCCGAUCAAUAGUUGUUUGCACACCAGUCUUCAAGGCGUCUGGGACAGAUACCUCGCCCUGCAAGCAUCGGAGGGCCGCACGUUCGAUGAUCCGCUGUCGACAUUGAGCAGCCGAAUCCGCUUUCUCGAUUUGGCGAACGACGAGGAGUUUCAUGUCCUGCGCUACCGUGGUGCAAAUGAGGAUGCCGACUCUUAUGCCAAGCAUGCGGAGCAAACCCGUCCACCUUUCACCUUCCUGAGGUCGUUCUCCGGGAUCGUCACUCUGCGGGCGACUUUCUCAGAAGGAGUGCCCCGAACGUUCACAGCUGCCCUUAGGCAUCUCCCUCUCCUCCAGGACUUGACAUUGCAGUUUGCGCACGAGCUGGAUGAUGCACUCAUCACGCUCGGUGAAGCAACUCCAGGUCUGCACCGGCUGGCGAUCUCUGCCUAUCUCUCCAAACCCCUCAGACAGUUGUUCACCAACCUGCCUUCGACACUCAAGGAACUGCACAUCUACUACACAUACCCGCAUUCCAUUCCGAUCCCAUGGUACUCUGUCCCGCGACUUCACCUUUACCCGCCCAAAGGCUACUUCCGCGACCCAUGGUACUUCAUUCAGGAGCUCAAGCGAGUGUUCUCAACUCAAAACCAGCAUCGUCUCGCUGUCAACGACUUGACAAUCCAGGUGGACUCUAUCAGCUUGUCCAAAUGCGACGAACCCAACGAGCUCUUCUAUGAAGAAGUCAUCCCGACGAUGCUUGAGCUUAUGCAGCCGAGCACCUCGAUCAAGCAUCUUCGGUUCUUCAGCUUCAUCGACUUCAGAUGGUGGGCAAACGACAUCCGCAUGGGCUCUGUCGAAUCAGUCACACUGUACGAGCAUCCGUCAAGCGUAUCCGACUCGCCGGAUCUCAAGCAAGGCAGACUCACAUCCCUCCAACCCUUUCUCAGCAUGUUUCCGUCGCUCCGCAGUCUUCGUUUCUCCGGCCUCGGACUGCUCGCGGUCGGAGGCGACGCACCACCGCCCAUCGCGCCCGACUCUUUCUCCGUCUUCAUCCAGCACGAGCCACGACUUGCGAGCCUUCUUGCCAGCUUGAGGGACACAAGGGUGGAGGAGGUGAGGUAUAGGACGACAGUCAAGAGUGACCGCGAGUUGCGGAUCAGGCGUGCCCGGCCUACGGAGGAGUUUGAGGGCGAGUGGUGGAACAUGUAG